AUGUCGUUGAUCAACACCAACCGACGUCGAUCAACGAUGGAGUCGAACGCGAACAGCGUCGUCGAUGACGACGCCAACAAGAAUGAAUCCAACAGCGACGACGGAAACGAGGUCCCGGCCUCGUUCGGUGUGGCGGCGGUGGAUCUGACUUGGCUGUUUUGUUCGGAUGAGAAGAAGCCAAUGGUUACCAUUAAGUGCGGCAACAUGGAGACCUUGGGUGUAAGCGCAUUCACGGUCCUCAAACCCAUCUUGACCAAACACUCUCAGUUCUUCGACAAAUGCCUUCGGAACCCAUGUAAAGAGUCCGAAUCAUUGAUCAUCGAGCUUCCUGAAGUCCUACCCAGCAACAUGAUGCUCUAUCUCACACUCACCACCCGGCAAGCCCUGAUGAAUUGCGCGUCAGCGGAGACUUUAGUGAAGCGCGAGGAUUUCACUGAUCCGAACUAUAUUGCGAACCAGGCACGAUUUUACCAACUUUGUGACUUUCUACAGAAUGAAGGGCUUGCGAAAAGCACUCGGAAAAUGUUCGUCGACUACCUCAAGACCCAGCGAAAGGUUCGCACCGAAAGCAACUGUCCUGAAAUCUUCAGGGCUUAUGCCGAUACCUUUGAGAUUCUUAAGCAAGGACAUGUUGUCCAAGACAAGCUCCGUCGCGUCCUGGUCAAGAGCUUCUGUUUCAAGAUCAACGCGCCGAAUUUCUUCAAGUAUUGCGAUGCUCUGAAGGAGUAUCCCGACUUCCACUUCGAGGUUGCCAAGCAGUAUGCACUCAACUCCAUGUGGAAUGAUCCUGUCCACAAAACGGCAGCCGUGAAGAUCAAGACACAGCGCAUGUCUAUCGAUGAUGAGUCAGAGCCGGAGCCGGAGGAGUAG